AUGGCUUUAAAAAUAACAAAACCAAGACAUGCGUCUGACUUACCUGGUAGUAAGAAGAGGAGUAUUGGCUCUCAGUUUUACGACCCCAGACCAUUGAAAUCACAGAAGCUUGAUGCUGAUGGAAUUGUAAAGCUGAGGCAAGAUCUUCAGAAAAUAAAUGCUCGCAUACCCUUUGUUGCUAUGUUACCAGAUGAAAAGACAAUUCAAACAGUAAUGACUGUAGUUGGCACUGUUGCUAAGGGUUCAACAAUUCAUAAGCAACUUCAAGAUUAUUCCCAGCAGCCUCCAAAUUUGGUAGUACCCUAUCUUAGUAGUUCCUCCCUUGCCGGUAGAGAAAAUGUGAAUCCUGUCUCAAAUGGGCAAGCACUUAAUUCAAAUUCAAGUUUGAAUCAUGAAAUCUCUGCUCCACCUUCCACUGUGCAGUGUGAAUCAGAAAUGGCACCCCUUAACACUCCUUCUAAUGAUUAUGAUGACCUACAGCUUCAGCAGAUAUCAGAUUGUAAUGUUAAUAACCAACGGCAAGAACAGAAUAUUUCAAGUUUUAUUGUAAGUACAAUAGAUCCAUCUGAAGUACAACUGCCAACAGUCCAAACAGAAACAUUAUUUAUUGAAACUUUUACAGAAAAGCAAAAGCAAAUUGAAAUGACAACAAGAGGACAAUCAACGAAUCCUGCUUGGUUUGAACAAAAGCAAAACAGAAUAACUGCCAGUAUCUGU